CGGUUGUCGUUAGCCUCGCUAUACAUUUAUUGCGAUUCAGUUCAGUUAUUCAGACGACGCUCAUUUGAACUAUCACAGUGAUUCGCAUUCAGUGAAGCUGUUGUUGUUGCUUUUUUUAUCAAUAAAGUGUAAAUAUUGUAGAGCUUUUCAAUUUAUCGGCGUGUGACGAAACUAUUCGAUUAAUUUGCAAUACUACGUUUAAAGAUGUAUAUGAAGCGAAACAUUUCCGCAGCGAUCAACAGUUAAACGCUUGUACGCUUGAAUUGAGAACAUACUUAGAAACCUACAUAUCACAUUAAUAUGUACAUACAUUAUUGAAGCAACUUUUCUGCCACAAUCACCUGCAUAUCGCCUUAUCUUAUCACAGCAAGCGACUACUGCGAACGAAACAUUUUCCAGCGACACUGCGCUUGAUAUUCACGCUUAGUACUAUACGAUUGGUUGAAAACCGAGCAAUAGAGAUAAAAACUUUUGCGAUUUUGUAAAACAAAGAUGGAAAAAUAAAUACAUAUAAAAACUUUGACGGUGAAUCACAUAAAGUACUUGAGGAAAUGGAUAACCCAAAAAUGGCUUCGUACGAAAUAAUCGCCUCGAUAUGUCUUAAGAUUCUGAAAUUGUUCAACAACUUGGGCGUACUGGUCUUAUAUCGCACUGGCAAUGGAGGUGAUUUUUUGGGCAUCGGCGGCAGCUGGAGUUUGCAUGAGAAACACAAUCCUGCGCUUGAAAUGCUUGCUUCUGGCUUAUUUGUCGGCUUCAUUAUAUAUACAGCCGUAGUCAUUAUUGGAUAUUGUUUUGGAGGCAGCAGAACUAAGCGUGACUUAACGGACAUUCUUAUGAAUGCAAUCGGUACUGCAAUGUGGCUUGCAGUUGGUGGAGUGGCGAUGCAUUACUGGCUGGGUUACAUGUCUGAUGGCGAUUUCUCUUAUGUGAGCUCCGAACGCAGCGUCGGCAUAGCAAUGGGUGCUUUAUGUAUAGUUCAAAGUGCCUUGUAUUUGGUGGAUACUAUUUUGGGUUGCGUGCUUUAUUACAGGGGUCCCAUGGAGUAUGCGGUUAUAAGGCAUUAUACGUUGGAGUGAAUAAGAACUAUUUGGCAGUACAUUACUUGAAAAAUAAUAAUAACAAAAAAAAAUAAAUAAAAACUAAAUAAAAUUACUAAAAAUUUCCUUGUACGCAUAAGCAACUAUUGCACUAUUGGCUUAUUAUUUCUUUCGCCUAUUUAGCAGUUUUACUCAAUUCUGAAUUGUCAUAUGAAAAUUUUUGAAAUGAUUUGUUAAAUGCGUAUUCCAUAAAGAAAAUUAAUUUAUUUCAUGAAUUAGAGCGAUAUAUAAAGCAACAGAUUACAGAAAUACAUAAAUUUAAGGUCAAAUGAAAUUGGCCAACGCAUUACAAAUUCCACGAAUGAAAAAAUGGCGUCAUUAAAAGCAUAAAAAGUAUUUCGUAAAACAUAAAUAAAUAUCAUAUUAAACCAUACAGGCUAUGGCCAAAGAUAAGGUAGACUGGUAUGCAGUUACACAUUGUGUAUUUACUAUUUUUAACAAUUUUCUCCAGCAACUUAAAGCAAAAAUCGAAUUAAAAAAAUAGAGCACUGAUAAGGCUCGAGGCAAAUGCGCGACCGGCCACAUGAAAUCAUCUUCAUUUCGUUUACUGCUUCCUACACCUGUGAGGUAAAAACG